AAUUCAUUAGAAGCUCCAUCUCCAAUAUCAUCACAUUAUAACAAAAAAAUGCCAAAGGUAUAUCCUCAUCAAGAAUCCACAAGACAGUGUCUUAAUAAAAGAGAAACAUAUACUGUAUGGAUGAAAUCACUUGUUCUACACUCUAAUGGUUGUACUGUCUAUAAUUCGAACGGUAAAAUCGUUUAUCGAGUUGAUAACUAUGACAGAAAAGGUAGCAGAGAAGUUAAUCUAAUGGAUCUACAAGGUAAUCUUCUUUGUACCAUCAAAAAGAGAUUAUUAGCUUUUGGAAGUUGGAAAGGACACAAAUAUUGCAGAAAUUCUAAUAGUAGAAGCCAAGAGCAACAACCAUGGUUUGAAGUUAAAAGAUGUAAUAAGAUUAUCACAGGGAAAAUAGCUUGCCAUAUUAAAAUGGGGUCCCAAAAAUUGUGCAUAGAAAGAAUGAGUAUUGGAAAAUCACUUGCUUUUCGGAUAGUAAACAAAUUAAACGGAGAAAUCAUUGCAGAGGCAAAGCAAAAACAAUCAUCUACAGGAGUUGUUUUGAGUAAUGAUGUUCUAACUUUGAAUUUGGCAGCUGGAACAGAUCAUUCACUUAUAAUGGCUUUGAUUACAGUCUAUGGAUUGAUAUGUGGUUUAAUGUAGAUAUUUUAUACUAUGCACAGUUUAAUUCAUUUGGAGAACUAAUUUGAUUACACAAAAUUUUCGCUUUGUACACGGUUUCAAUCGUUACUGUCUUGUAAAUUUUGUAAAGUUUUGUAGUUAGUACUGUUUGGCUCAGUUUGUUUAUGUAAAGAUGAUAUGAGCAACAACAGGAUCUUUGUUUUUUAACUGAGCUUCAUCAGGAUUAUGUAUAA